AUAUUUGUAAAUCUCCUGUUUUGGAUAGAUUAAACUCUGGCUGACCUUAAAGGAACCCUAGCGCUCCUAUCCUCGAUUCUAGACGAUCGGUUAGAUUUCGGGUUCACGAAGAAGAAGCGUAGAGGGAUUUACACGGUGAAGAUGCUCUGGAUUAUGAGGUUUUCUGGCUUCUUCUCCGCCGCAAUGGUCAUGAUCGUCCUCUCUCCUUCUCUGCAGUCCUUCCCUCCCGCGGAAGCCAUCCGGUCUACCCACCUUGACAGCUACCUCCGUUUGCCGGUUCAAAUGUCUCCAUCUGAUAACCUCAGCCGGUUUUCGUUCCGACAAGCCUCCGCAUUUCGCAAUGCCGAUGAAUGCCGCUCUGUUAUUUCGGAAAGCUCCGGCGAAACCAGCGUAUGCGAUCCCAAUUUGGUUCAUGUGGCGAUUACACUCGACGUCGAGUACCUCCGCGGCUCAAUCGCCGCUGUCCAUUCGAUUCUGCAGCACUCGCUGUGCCCGGAGAGUAUCUUCUUCCACUUCCUGGUCUCGGAGACGAAUCUCGAAACCUUGGUGAGAUCCACUUUCCCUCACUUGAAGUUCAAGGUGUAUUACUUCGAUCCGGAGAUUGUACGGGGCCUAAUCUCGACCUCGGUGAGGCAAGCUCUCGAGCAGCCGCUGAAUUACGCGAGGAAUUACUUGGCGGAUCUGCUCGAGCCCUGCGUGCGGAGAGUGAUAUACCUGGACUCUGAUCUAGUCGUUGUUGACGACAUCUCCAAGCUAUGGACAACGAGUUUGGGUUCCAGAACAAUCGGAGCCCCGGAGUACUGCCACGCGAAUUUCAGCAAGUAUUUCACGGCGGGGUUCUGGUCGGAACGGCGGUUUAACGGCGUUUUUUAUGGAAGGAAGCCGUGUUACUUCAACACCGGCGUGAUGGUCAUAGAUCUGGUCAAGUGGAGGCGGGUCGGGUACACGAGGAGGAUUGAGAGGUGGAUGGAGAUCCAGAAGAGCGAGCGGAUCUACGAGCUCGGGUCCCUGCCGCCGUUCCUGCUGGUAUUCGCUGGACACGUGGCGCCCAUAGAGCACCGGUGGAACCAGCACGGCUUAGGUGGAGACAACGUGAGGGGCAGCUGUCGUGACCUCCACCCAGGUCCGGUUAGCCUGCUACAUUGGUCCGGUAGCGGUAAGCCCUGGCUCAGGCUCGACUCCAAGCAACCGUGCCCACUCGACGCUCUAUGGGCACCCUACGACCUGUACGGGCUCUCCCACUGAAAAAAAAAAAAAAAAAAAAAAAACACGAGAUGGGAUUCUCAUUACAGCCUUUACAGGCCCAAACAAGAGACCCUGCAAAGAACUCGAUGAAAAGCUGUCCUGCAGUGGAGGCUGACAUUACACGUGGUAGUGGACAGACAAAAAUGACCCAUUUGCACUUUAAAUAUUCAUUAAACUACUACACCCACUAAUCGGAAAACGAGUUGUUAUUAAAAGAGCGUCUCCGGCUGGUGGCUGUAUUGUUCCUGGGAAUACCCUCUUUGUCGGCGCACUCGCUGUCUUUCCUUUCAUUACAAGUACGUUGUUGCCUACUGGUUGCCGGUUGGGGUUCCGGAUGGCAUUCAACACGUUCAAAAACUACGCUAGCCACUUAUUAGUGUGUGGGUACACUUUUUAAUGCGUGUGGCCCCAGGGCUGCAGCCCAUUGUUUUUGCUCUUUUUUUUUUUCCCCAAUUUUGAUUGGCAAGGAAGAAAGUGUUGAGGGAGAGGAGGGGAAAAAAAAAAAAAGAGAACAAUUAUGUAAACGUUGAUGGAGGGAAUACUAUGAUUGUUCUUUUGAAGUUGCCCAUUUCCUUAUCAAAAUGUGGCUCUCUGGCUAGAGUGUGUCCUUGGGCGGUGGCAGCAGGGAAUAUGCUAAAACAAGGCAAAAUAGGCAAUUGAAGGACAUAUAUAUAUAUAUAUAUAUAU